GAAGGAUUUGAUUUUACUAGGGAUUUCAAGACUGUUCAGACUGCUGUUCUGAAUUUUGGACGCGACCGGUUUGAUAUUUUGAGAAUGUGAUAAAGGAAGAUUGCCUUUGAUUUCUGAUAGACGAUUUGGGAUACAUUUUGCUACGAUUCUGAGUUCAGCUAAGUAGGAGGGCCAUGGUCAAUGUCAAGACAGGAUCUUCAAAUUUUGGUUGGUUACGGAUGCCCUAGUGCGGACAAGAAGGUGGUUUUUUCUGCAAAAUUGUUGAGGAAACACGUCCACCUGGAUGAGGGAGAUGUUUGUAGUUCCUGCAGUUUGAGAAGUUCUUGUGAAAGAGCAUAUCUGCUUACAAAUAAAGAGGAUGAAGCCAGGACCAUGGAUGUCAUGCGUAUGUUAUUGACAUAUGGCUUUGAUGCAGUAAAUGGAUCAGUUGCAAAUAAGUCUCUUAUGAAGAUGAAAACUCUGAAGACUGUUGUACGCAAAUUAAUUCAUGAUGUGGUAAAGUUGAGUGCAGUACCAAUAGAUCCAAAUCUUCCACCUCCUGUUAUUAAAAAGCCUCCACCUAAGGUGAAGCAGCCACCUCCCCCUCCAAAGAAGCGCGUAGGACGUGAUGACAUUGAAAUGAAAAAGGGUGAUUGGCUUUGCGUAAAGUGUGACUUUAUGAAUUUUGCAAAGAACACGGUGUGCCUACAAUGUGAUGCCAAGCGUCCUAAGAGACAGCUUCUUCCAGGAGAAUGGGAGUGCCCACAGUGCAAUUUCUUGAACUAUAGGAGAAACAUGGUGUGCUUUCAUUGUGAACACAAGCGCCCGCCAGAUGAAUUUAUGGAGAGUCAAGUGCAAGAUAGGCAACACAGUCCAAGGAGAUUGGAGAAUAUUUCAGGCAGGCCAGAGAUUUCCAAUGCAUGGAAUUUUGAUUUUGAUGACAAUGAAUCUGAUGGGGCAGAUGUUGCUGCCUUUGAGUAUGCAGAUUCUAAGAAGAUGCAUGAAGAUUUUCCUUCAGAUAAGCAACCACAUGCAGGGGUUGCUAGGGCAUGCGAAGAUGGAUUGCACAAGGAUUACAGGUCUGCUAGAGAUACUGAUCCUGUCAAUCCCGGAUUUGGAUUCAACGAUUUUGAUGAUGAAGAUGAUGAUGUGGAAAAUUAUGAACUUGAUACUCGGAAUGAUGCACAGAAGGCUUCUACUGUAGAUUUUUCUGAGCUUGAUGUUGACUCGCAUUCAGAAGAUGAAGACAGAACAGGUCAUGAUUGGACUCUUCGUCGUAAGUCCAAUUUCCAGGCACAAAACAAGCCAUCUAAAUCAACACGUAGGGGAGUCGGUUUCUCUGGCUCUGAUCCUGAAAUAGAUUUUGGUACUGAUGAUGAGCUUCCUAUUCAUCCGAACUGGAAAUCUAGUCAUGUCAAUCAGAGAAGUAAAAGAAGAGGUGGCGUGAGUUUUGGUUCAGAUGAUGAGGUUAGCUCUGGCACUGAAUACACCAAUAAUGAUUUUGGAUCCAGGCAGAUGAAAGGGAAUAAAUGGAAGUCAAGUAGGAGUUCAAGAAAGCAAAAUAGUUUCGACAGUGAUGAUGAACCGUUCUCUGAUUUAGAAUCCAACAAUGACAAAGAUAAAUUUGGAAGUAGGAAAGCAAGCCUAAGUAGCCAAAGAAACACAUCUAAUGGCAGAAGAAACCGGGACAUGGGAAAUCUUCGCGGAUCUUCCCGAGAUUCUCCUAAAAGAUUUGAAGAUACUGAUUAUGGCCAUAGAAAAUAUACUAGAGAUGGUCGUUCACAGAAUUUUAGAAGCCCUCAAAGAGAAGGAUCUUUUAAGCAGAGACGAGAUAAAAGAUUUGAAGAUGAUGACAAUGGCUACAGAAGUGAUUCUAGAGGUGGUCGUUCGCAGAAUUUUAGAAGUUCCAGUAGAGAAGGGUCUCAUAAACAGAGACAAGGUAGAUAUGGUAACUAUAACAAAUCUGGGGACAGUUAUUUGGAUGAUGAAAGACACAGGAGGCCCCGUGUAAACGUGAGAUAAACUUCAUCGGAUUAUCCGACUACGGCUACACUUUUUGUUACUUGUUGAUAUUCAUUUUAUCUACUGAUAAAAGGAAAGAUUAUUUGGUUGCUUUAACUUAGAAGGCCAUGUUGGAGGUAGUUGUGAAGGUAGAAGUUUGCCUACGAAGUUAAUAGGCCGAGAUAAAAUCCAUGGGGAGUAGCAUUACCCUGAAAUGUAUAUAGAUAUUGUUUUUUGUUUGGGCUAUGAUGCCAGUUUAUCAUCAAUAUAUCAAUGCCAGUUUUCUGUUUGGGCUUUAAUGCC